UCCCUUUGCCUGCGCAUAUGUAAAAAAACGCUUCGUUCUUUACUUUUGUCAGUGUUUUGUACAGCUACUAUCUGUUGUCUGAAGGCACGCCUCUAAUAUAAUUUCAAUGCUGCGACUUGCCAGACGUUUCAUUUCUGCCAUCUCUCUAUUGCUGUUUGCUGUUCCUAUCCUUGUUCAGGCGCAUGGAGACGAUAUGGACAGCAGUGCAGGACAUGACCACAACUCGAUUGGUAGCGGCCCACUGCCUGACGAAGCCAAAUACUUCCACUGGCCAGAUGAGCCGAUGGGAUGGGCACUGCGCACCCACGUUGUGUUGUGUCUGUUUAGCCAUCUGCUAUUCCUCCCGACAGCAAUGGCCAUGGAAUUUGCUCGGCACAAGUACCAACCGAUCGUCCAGGUGGCUGGGGCGCUGGUCGGACUGGUUGGGUUUGUGUUUGGCUGGAUUGGAGGCAGCGUCGACAACACCUACGCCCGCUUUGGGUGGUUCAUGCUAAGCCUGCUGGUUAUUCAGACCGUGCUCAACCUUGCGCUCACCACCGGAUUGGUUCGGAAGAAUGCUUUGCUAGAAUCCCCGUACCGCUAUGUCACUGCCUUCCAGUUCAUAUUUACAUACAUGGCAAUGGUGCUGGGCGUGAUUACAUUCCUGAACCUGUGCAGCCACGGGCAUCUCGGCCAGUGCAUCUCUCACUUUGUCCGUGGCAGCAUGCUGAUGGGAACGGCGAUUUCUGGUGUCAUCGCAAUGCGACUGUGCGGACCGGUGCUGAUGGAGCUGGGUCGGCCGCUGGAGUUUUUUGAGUGCGGGAUAAUUGUGACCGUCGGCCUGAUCGGCACUUUUACUGAGCACAACUUUUUCCAGUCGAGCAGCACGGACGCAUGGUCGCACAAGGACCUACAGCACACGAUGAUUGGCAUUUGCUGGCUCGCUGGCGGAUCGCUUGGUAUGGCAAUGACCUGGAAGAGCCCGCCGCGUAACCGCUCGCCGAUCCCCGCACUCAUAUUCAUCGCAACCGGCGUGUCGAUGAUCAUACAUCAGCAGGAUCUGGUCAUGGCUUCGCGUACACAUUUUCUGUUUGGCGCAGCAAUGAUCAUAACUGGUGUGGUUACUAUAUUCGAAGUUACCAUCAUUGCGUCAGGCUUCAUCAAGGAGCGCGGCGAGCCAUCUCUAUUCCAGUAUGUACCGCUGUACUUUAUGUGCGCAUCAGGCAUGUUUUUGAUGGGCUCGAACAGGGACAUGGUUCUGCUCCUCAUAAACUCAAAGGUUGAUAUCGCCACAUACGGCCUGCUGCUUCUCAGUUUCUGCUUCGUCAUCUUUUUCUACUUCUACCUAUUGGUUGACCUGUAUCUCAAGCUGUGCCAGCCACCUCCGGCUAAAUAUCACCCGUUGCCCUCUCACGCAGAAAACUGGGUCGAGCAUGUCUGACGCCUAUCAGACAUGGGCCAUCUUGUUAGCAAGCAUACUUGUUGGCGUGAUUAAUUA